UCCUGAUGAAGUUCUCCCUCACCCUCGCCAACAAGAGCGUCGCGACGAGGCCAGCGGGGACAGCCCCUCCCCUCAAGCCUUUUAUAUCCCUCGACGACGAUGCGCCCACUGAUUCCGCUCCAAAUGCAGCAAAUAACAAGAACGCUGCUGCGAACAAGAAGUUACUGGUGGAGUCCUCCAAGGUAGCCCAGAAGCGCAUGGAGAAAGAGCUACAGCUGGACCCCACAACCUACCAAUACGACGAAAUUUGGGAUAGAAUACAGGAGGUCAAACAAAAACAGAAGGAAGUUAAGGAAGCAGAUGCCAAACUUCGUCGACCCAAAUAUAUCGAGGGAUUGCUAACUUCCGCUGCGACUCGCAGACUGGAUCGCCUGAGAGCCGAAGAAAAGAUGCUGCAGCAUGAACGGCAGAUGGAGGGAGAUGAAUUUGCGGACAAGGAAUCAUUCGUCACACAGGCUUACAAGGAUCAAAUGGCAGAGGUCCGGAAAGCUGAGGAAGAAGAAAGACAACGAGAAGAGGCCGAGAAGAAGAAAAAGAAGGGGCCAACGACUGGCAUGGCUCACUUCUAUCGCAAGCUACUCGAAGAGUCUGAGCAACAGCAUGAAGAGGCUGUUGAAGCUGCGUCUGCACCGAAACGUAUCAUUGGUCCUCAAGGUCCUAACCUGACGAUCACCAAACCACCUGACAUGGCUCCCAGGUCAGACCUUGAAUUGGCACGAAUAGCUCAAGAACAGGGAAAGGACGUGGAGCUCAAUGACGACAACAUAAUUGUUGACAAGCGAGAAUUGCUCUCGGCUGGUCUCAACCUCGCUGCACCGAACACGCGACGCCUAGGGCUACAGCAGUCUCAGCGGAAGGUGGUACAAGAUGAAACUGCACCAUCUGUGCACAGGGGUGUUGGUACAGCUGCGAGCAGAAGAGAGGUCAAUGAGCGACGGGCACGGGAGGUUCUUCGACAGAUGGAAGAGGAGCGGGAGCGGUUAUUGAAGGAGAAAACCAAGGCGGAAGAGGAAGCCACGCAGAGGGUGACACAGAAGAGGAAUACAGAGGACGAUGUCCAGGAUGCGAGGUCGCGGUACCUGGAGAGGAAACGGCGAAGAUUGGAGGAGGAGCAGGUCGCGCAGGGUCAUACCUAGUAA